GUUUUGACACAGAGAGUCUGCUUUCCAAAUCAUCAUUUCUCUUUCUAUUAAUUAGUCAUCAAAGCACUAACAGAGACAGGACAAAUCAACCAUGAUACAUAGACAAGUCCAUCACGAGGGACAAUGCAUCCAAGUUCCUCAUUUGUGAACGAUUGAAACAAAGACAAAAUGGCUGGAGUGCUUCCAGGAGUUGAAUGUGCAAGAAAGAGACGCAUUCAUGGAUGCUUAGAUUCAAAUUCAACUUCAUUAGCUUCACAUAAUAUAUUCACAAGGCGCUCUUCUUUCUGUUUGUAUGCAAGCAGCCAUGAAUCUCGUCUUUCUUCAUCCUCCUCACUGCAUAGAGGCACGUUAUACCAGACACACCUAGAUGAGAAUAUGGUAGGUGCAGCCAGAGAAGCCAGACAGAGAUUGGAUGACAAGUUCAGAUCACAAAGGAUGUCAGAAAACAAAAGCAGGCAAAACAGCACAAAGUGUGCGGAGGGAAGAGGAACAAGUGUAGCAGAGUUGCACACAGAGGUAUAUGGCACAAAGAAAAGUGGUUCAAUGAAGUUCAGUUGGACCAAGUGGAGCAUGAAGGCCUCAGAACAAGAGGAUUGUGCAGUGUGCUUGGAAUCAUUCAGGGUUGGAGAGACACUAAUUCAUCUUCCUUGUGCUCAUAGGUUCCAUGACAGAUGCUUGAAACCAUGGUUGAAAAAUAAUUCUCAUUGUCCAUGUUGCAGAACCAACAUUCUUUCUCUCUAGAUUUGUUACGUUCCCUUGUGUUGGAUGAAUCAUGAUGUCAACAAUUUUGACCAUGUCUUGCAGUCUCUUGAAACUAAUAAUGUCUUGCAUUUUGAGAGGUCGAAGUUUGAAACAUCGAAUUUUGAAGCCAUUGUCUAGCACAUUCGAAAGUCAUUCACCAAUUGUUUUAUCAAGCUCAGAACAAAACUUUAUAUUAUAAAGUUGAUAUAAAGUCAUCAACCAAGUGCCAAAUGAAUUAAACCCCCACUUAUUUAUGCAUUAA